UGCUAAUUACACAUAUGGCCCGAGCCCUUCUUUGUCUGCAUCCAUGUGUCAACAGACGUGGAUGAAGGCAGGCGGCCUCUCAUCCUGCCUGGCAACGCUGAGCAUCUGUGAGGAGAAACUAAUCUAGUCGUCCUUCAGACCGACCAGCGUCACACAAAGACCACAUGAGAAGAAUUGGGAGUGCUUAUUUAAACCUGGCUGGGCAGCUGGGCAGCUGGACUGCGUGUGUGUUGGUGUGUGUGUGUGAGAGAGAGCACUUGUUUAAGCUUAUUUAAUGCCAUUUUAAAAACAGGAAGUUGUGACUAACUGUCACAUGGCUUACAUGAAAUCUGGCUAAAUACUUUCUGUGUGUGCCUGUCUCUCUUUCUACUAAUGUGGGAAGUUCUUAAGCACUGCUUGCUGCUACCCUUCACCCCCUAGUGGCAGCUGACUGUUAGCGCACGUUAGACAUAAAUCAAACGAGAUUUAAACAUAUUAAUGAUCCUUGUGGUUUUACUUAACAGCAAUAAACAGACAAUAAAAAACAACAACCCACACAGCAACGACGCCACAAACAAAAAACUAAAUCAUUUCAAAUAUCUAAAUAAAUAAAUAAAACGUGUAAAAUACUUAAACAAAAAAGCAUAGAAAAAUAACACAACCAAAUGGAACAACUGUUUAUAAUUAGGCCUUUUUUAUAUUCUUUUUUAUUGUCUUCUUUGUUGCAAAACAACAAUCCUUUUCUUUUCAUUUCCUUAUUUUACAACCAAAAUAUAAAUACUUUUGAAACUUUUUUAAAUUCUUCUUUUCCACAGAAGUCUCAGGAGAUGAAACUGGAUUGUGAGUCGUAAAGGUCAGAAAAAGGUUAAUACAUUUUACUAUCACCAAUUGUUACUGGGGACAAUAUUGUUUUUCACCUUUGGGUGUUUAACCGUUAAUAAUCUGUAAUCAUACAGUUAUUCACUGGUAUUUCCCAUGUUACACCACUGGGGGCACCUUCUUAUAUUUCUUAUAGCCGGGCCUGGUCACGCCACUGUUCCAUUAAAGCUGCUAAAUUACUGUGGUAUCUGUAGUAGAAGGAGCUGUUUGUUUAAUAUUGGUGCAGGUCCAACUUUCACACCCUCAUAAUGUGGCUAUUACUGCUUGAAAGCUGUGACUGGAACAGUGAUAUCACAGGAGCAGGACAUGAGAAGUUAGUCCUUCCUUUGGAAAGCCCCAAACUAGUCACAGCAGUGUGAUACUGAAAUUACAGCCACCUCACCUGCGCACUCCGGUUUUCAUUUCUUAUCUGCAAAAUGAGUUGACAAAAGGAUCAGUUCAAGUCACGAGUAUUUGCUAUUGCUUUUAAUAAUUUACAUCACUGGUUCAGUUAAAAUGAUAUCCUUUCCUUAACUUGCUAAUUUGCUUAAAUACAGUACACCUGUUAUGUCAUACAUACAGAGGUCGGACCAUGAAAAAACAGGAUUAGCCACAAAUUAGCUACAAGAUUCAUGCGCCCUUAGAAACUCAAAAAUAAUCUUCGGGCUUCAUCAAUAGACAAAAUAUUUCCUGUUUUAACUGGACAACAGAGACACUGCAGCAGAACUCAUGUGCUCACUCUGUGGAACUUUCAUCUUAAUCAAUUAUUAAAACCAAACUCUGGAGACAGAAGGGUGUUUGUACUUGAGGGUGACGUCCCACUUAAUUAAAGCUGUUUCGGGGGUGGAAAUAAAGCAAUGCUUCAUUUUCUCAUCUCUUUCUCCUUUCACUCGUCCUCACUGUCGUUUUCUUGCCUCCUGCUUCUUUACUCUGCACUUCAAUGAAACCUCAGUGAGAUUUAAGGAACAAAGAUGCAAACAAUCAGGUCUCUGUUUAUUCACAAGUGGACCUCAGAUGUGUCUCUGGAGGGAAAGACAGCCAUAAUAACAGGAGCCAACACUGGAAUUGGGAAGGAGACAGCGAAAGACCUGGCCGCCAGAGGUGCUCGGGUGAUUCUGGCAUGCAGAGACAUGGCCAAAGGAGAGCAGGCUGCCCGUGACAUCAUGAGGGAGGUGGAGGGAGCCAGGGUGUUGGCCCGACAGCUGGACCUGGCCGACACCAAUUCCAUCUGCCAGUUUGCGGAGAAUGUCUAUAACAGUGAAAAGAAUCUUCACGUCCUAGUCAACAACGCAGGCGUGGCUAUUUGCCCUCAUGACAUAACAGUGGAUGGAUUUGAGAUGCAGUUUGGAGUCAAUCACUUGGGUCACUUCUUCUUGACAUUUCUCUUACUGGACUUGCUGAAGCAUUCAGCUCCAUCUCGUGUUAUCAACGUGUCGUCCUCAGCUCAUACCAUGGGGAGGAUCAACUUUGAAGACCUGAGGAGUGAGAAGGACUAUCACCCGGUCAGUGCCUAUGCACAGAGCAAGCUGGCCAACAUCCUGUUCACCAGGGAACUUGCCAAGAGAACUGAAGCACUAGGUGUGACUGUCUAUUCAGUGGACCCAGGGAUGGUUAACACUGACAUUACCAGGCACAUCAGGCGCCCUCUUGUGGACGUAUUUAAGCGCUUCAGUACGCUGCUGAAGACCCCAGCAGAGGGCGCUUGCACCACCAUUUACUGCAUCGUCUCCCCUGAGAACCAACUGCUCACUGGAGGUCACUACAAGGAGUGUGCCACCUCCCAGGUCUGCAGAGCAGGUCUGGAUGAUGGCACCGCCCUGAAGCUCUGGGCAGUGAGCUGCCACCUUCUCGGAAUCUGCUGGAGAUAAACUUUAAGGCUAUGGAUUAUUAUCACAUCCA